AUGCUAGAUAUAUACAUUUUAAUAAGAUGGUUAUGUAAGGCAAUUGUAAAAUCCCUUUUUGGGGAUGUGAACAUAAUUAAUCCUGAAAAUGUUCCCUUGUAUGGAUCUGUGAUAUUUGUUGGUAAUCAUAAUAACCAGUUUAUCGAUGCAUGCGUAUUAGUAGCAAGUAUUCCUCGCCAGAUAAAGUUUAUAGUGGCAGAAAAAUCGAUGAGACGACCAGUAAUUGGGGAAUUGGCUCGUCUUGCUGGAUGUAUAAGUGUUAAAAGGCCUGAGGAUUUGAAAUUUAAAGGUAUAGGACACAUAUACUGGAAUACAGGGGACACAAAAAUAAAAGGAAUAAACACUAGAUUUAAAAUAGAUGUACAAAUAGGAGAUAAAUUAAUGACUCAGAAUAAAAUAUUUAGUGUUACAAAAAUUGAAUCUGAAAUAGAAUUAAUUGUUCAAAAUCCUGUAAAUAUAAAUUGUGAAGAUAAAAUAAAUGGGGUUCCUUUUAAAAUUGUGCCAAAAAUAAAUCAAACUGAAGUAUAUAAUUUAGUUACCCAUAGUUUGAAGAAUGGAGAUCCCAUUGGAAUAUUUCCAGAAGGUGGGUCUCAUGAUAGAACUAAUUUACUUCCAUUAAAACCUGGGGUUGCUAUUAUGACACUUUGUGCGUUAGCCGAUGGAAUAGAAGAUGUAUCAAUUAUACCUGUUGGGCUAUCUUAUUCCAAAUUAUAUCAAUUACAAGGUUGUGUAACAAUUUUUGUUGGUAAUGCUAUCAUAGCAUCACAAGAUUUAUGUAAAGAUUAUAAUAAUAAUAAUAGAGAAACUAUAAGCAAAUUACUUGCGAAAAUUGAAGAAGGUAUGAGAAGUUGCAUGCUAACAUCGAAAAAUCAUGAAACAAGUCGAUGCAUAGAAUUAUGUGUUAGCUUAUAUACACCAGAGAGAAUGACUAUAUCAAAAAAUAAAAUUUAUAAUAUUUUACAACUUUUUUCUGAAAUGUUUUGGAAAUUUGGUAAUUCAAAAGAAAUAGAAAAUUUAUGUUAUGAGCUACAAUGUUAUGAAAAAUUAUUAGACUCAAAUAAAAUUAAAGAUGAUGAAGUAUGGAUGCUUAAACAAUCUACAUCUGGUGCGACUUUAAAAUUUAUUGAGCAUAUUUGUAGCUUAGUCUUUUGUAUAAUUUUUGGUAUGACCUUUUCGCUUUUGUGGCUACCUUUAGUUGCUAUAUCUGUAUAUUUAGCAGAAAAUCAUAGGAAAACAUCUUUGAAAAAUAGUUUAGUAAAAAUUCAGGGUGGAGAUGUCGUAGCUAGUUAUAAAGUUUUAGUAUUAUUAGUAUUAUUGCCAACUUUUAAUAUUAUCUAUGGUUUAUUAUUUAGUUUAUAUUUUUAUAAAUUGUGGUUACACAGAAUUGCUUUUACAAUUUGCAGUAUAUGCAUUUUGCCAAUAUGUUAUUAUAUUAAUAUAAAUUAUUCUGUUCAAAUACCUACACUCUUAAGACAAAUGAAAAUACUUAUAAAAGUUAUUUGUGGAAUAAUUAAUGUUUGGAGAGAUAAUGAAAGGGAGCUUAUUAGUAUGAGACAUGAACUUCAAUUAAAAGUUCGGAAUACUGUAUCAAAAUUGGGUCACAAAGUUUCCGACAAUUUCCUUGACCAGUUGCAUAGAAAUAUUCCACAAUUUGUUAUCAAUGCUGAUACCAAAAGAUUAAUACGAGGUAAAGAUGAGUGGGUACCUAUUUUGAAGCGUUCACAAUUGGAAUAUAGGGAAGAAAUUUUAUAA